GGGAGGAGCCGAGGAGGUGACAUUUCAGCUGGCGCGCGAGCUGGCCCUCCCCCUUACGUUUGACGUCAUUGACGUAGAACGGGACUGUUUGUUCUGGAUUUGGGGCGAGGAAGGUCUGCGAUUGCUGACAAGCGCCUGAAGAAGGAAACUGCUGCCUUACCAACUGAGAUGACCGCAGUGGCAUAUUAGACCAUCGCUGCACAGCAUCAAACAUAGAGUCGCGUGGGGAGUGUAAUGGCCUGAGGGGGCCCCCUUCACUCCCACCUGCCCUCGCCAGGUCCAGUCUGCCUAAACUGUCUGCUCAGCCACUGCAACUCAAAGCUGCGAUGGGAGACGGACUGCAGGCAGGCAGCAGCCAGAACCCUCCUUCUGCCCCACCACCUAUUCCCUUCAACCCCCCACCCCCCGAAACAUGGAACCUUACCAGACCCAAGCGCCAGACCAACCAGCUGCAGUAUCUGCAUAAAGUGGUGUUGAAGACAUUAUGGAAACAUCAUUUUGCAUGGCCCUUCCAAGCACCUGUAGAUGCAGUUAAACUUGGUUUGCCUGACUACUAUAAGAUCAUCAAGACUCCUAUGGACAUGGGGACGAUAAAAAAGCGUCUCGAGAACAAUUACUACUGGAAUGCCCAGGAAUGUAUCCAGGACUUCAACACAAUGUUCACAAACUGCUACAUCUAUAACAAGCCCGGGGAUGAUAUUGUCCUGAUGGCCGAGGCCUUGGAAAAGCUCUUUCUGCAGAAGAUCACAGAGAUGCCACAGGAAGAGACAGAGAUUUCUGUGGUGACCAAAGGGCGGCGAGGCGUCAGACGGGAGCUGGGUCUGUCAACAAAAUCAGAUUCAGGCCAUGAGUCCUCAUCCCCAUCGACCACCCCUAACACAAGAGGCUUUUCAUCCCCAUCGACCACUCCACAAAACCGUGGUGCACCAGCCCCUUUGCAGUCGCAGCCCAUGUCACAGUCUCUGUCGCAGUCUCUGUCACAGUCUCUGUCGCAGUCCCUGUCACAGUCCCUGUCGCAGUCCCUGUCGCAGUCCCUGUCCCAGCCUCUACCGCAACCCAUGUUGCAGUCUUUGUCACAACCCCUGUUGCAGCCCAUGUCCCAGCCCAUGUUGCAGACUCUUUCCCAUCCGCUGUCGCAGCCUCUUCCGCAGCAGCUGACCCAGCCUCUCUUCCAGCCCCUCACACAGUCCUUGUCGCAGCCUUUAUCGCAGCCUAUGUCGCAGCACAUGUCACAGCCGAUGCUGCAGCCAAUGUUGCAGCCCAUGCCACAGCCGCUGUCACAGCCCCAGCCUCCACGCGUCCCUCCCACACCCCCCAACCACGCUCCUCACCUGGUCCCCUCAUUCCCCCUUUCGACCCCAGACGUCCUGGGUCAAGGAUUGGCGACUGUCGCUCCUCCAGCUGUAACGCACCCAGGCCUUCUUCCUGCCCCCAUGAUGCCUAGCACCCCAGCUCUCAUUAAGCAAAGAAAGAGUCAGAAAAGAAAAGCCGACACCACCACACCCACGGCCAACGACCAGCUGAGCGAGUCCCCCCCUGUAUCUGACGCGACUCGGCCCCGCCGAGACGCAGUCCGGCCACUAAAGCAACCCAAAAGAGACACCUUACAGCCAGACUCCCAGCAUCACCUGGGAGGGGUCUUGGAGACGGGAGGGACGGUGACGCCGAAGCGUCAGGAGCAGCUGCGCUUUUGUGCACGCCUCCUUAAAGAAAUGUUGUCUAAGAAGCACGUGGCGUACGCCUGGCCUUUCUACAAGCCCGUCGACGCUAAAGCUCUCGGCCUCCAUGACUACCACGACAUCAUCAAGCACCCCAUGGAUCUCAGCACCAUCAAGAAAAAAUUGGACAAUAGGCAGUACAGAGAUGCACAGGAAUUUGCUGCAGAUGUCCGGUUGAUGUUUUCCAACUGUUACAAGUACAAUCCUCCAGACCAUGAUGUGGUUUCCAUGGCGCGCAAAUUACAGGAUGUGUUUGAAAUGCGUUUUGCCAAAAUGCCCGACGAUCCCGAGGAAACCACCCCUGUUCCCGCUCCAUCACUGCCCCUCCACUCUGCACCUUCCUCUCGACAGGCUCCGCCUCCUGUUGUUUCAGAAGAUGACAGCUCCAGCUCCUCAAGUUCAGAGUCCUCAGGAGGAGACUCGGAACACGACAGACAGCAGCGACUGGCUGAGCUCCAGGAACAGCUCAAGGCCGUGCACGAGCAGCUGGCCGCACUCUCUCAGCCGCAGGCCAGCAAGCCCAAGAAGAAAGAGAGGGACAAAAAGGAAAAAAAGAAAGAGAAGCAUAAAAAGAAAACGGGAGUGGAGGAACCUGUAGAGACUCAACUCACCAUGCUCCAGAAUUUAAAGAAGAACAAGAGCAACAAGGAGGCUGUGGUGGUGAAGAAAGAAAGGAAAAAGCCCGGGAAGAAAGAAGGAAUUAAAAAUAAUCGCCCAGCUGUCCCCCCUCCGUCAGGCCCAGUCCCUCUUGUUCCUUCAGCUUCCCUGGAAGCAGAGGACAACCUCGAUGCGUUCGUUGGCAUGCCUGCUGAUAGAUGCAAGCCCAUGUCCUACGAGGAGAAGCGCCAGCUGAGCCUGGACAUCAACAAAUUGCCUGGUGAUAAACUGGGUCGAGUCGUGCACAUAAUCCAAACCCGAGAGCCUUCGCUGAAGAACUCAAACCCUGACGAGAUCGAGAUUGACUUUGAAACGCUCAAACCCUCAACUCUGAGAGAGCUGGAGAAGUACGUGUCCAGCUGCCUCAAGAAGAAGAAGAAAGCUUCAGUGGAAAAGUCUCUGGAAAUGACAAAGAUGAAGACGGGAUCCUCAUCUUCUGGCAGCAGUGACUCGUCUGACAGUGAAGACUCGGAUAAUGGGCUGGUUCCCAAGCCACAGAAAACCCAGCUGACCAACAAGGACACAAAGGGACCGCUCCAGCAACCCCUCGGCAGCGGGAUGGGCCCGGCCGCUUCUGCUCCUCAGCCGCAGCCUCAGCUAUUCCAGCCCAAACCGCCGUUUGCUCCGCCUCCUCCCGUCCCCGUUUCCGUGCCCUCUCUGGACUCCUCCCAGCUAAUGACUCCGGGGUUUGAUCCUCUUCCUCACUUCAUGAAUUCUCACCUGACUCAGCCCAACACGGAGGCCAGUUCAGCCAUCCCCACUGCCAGCGCCCCCGCCGCCCCCGACCUCAGCGCAACCAGACCCAUCCAGAUGCCGCCUGAGACACACCCCUUCCUAAACCAACACCCAAUCAUAGCCUCCCCAGCAGUUCAUAAUGCUCUUCCCCAGCAACCAUCCAGACCUAGCAACCGCGCCGCUCCACUUCCACGCAAACCCCCACAGCCGCCUCCACCCUCUCUACCCCCCAUCCCUCCAUCAUCCUCACCCCAGCUGCAGCCCACACUUCCCCUCAACCUUCCCCAGCCCGUCCCCCGGCCACGGCUCCCUUCGCCACCAUCCCAUGGCAUCCUGGGUACUCUUUCGGCGCAGCCUCCCCAAGCUCUGCUCGAGGACGAUGAGGAGCCAACGCCCACGAACCCUGAAACCCCCCCACUCAGUCAAGUCCACAACCUCCUGCAGUCGCUUCAGGCUAGGCCCGCCCCACCGCCGCUGCCCCAACACUCGCCCGUGCAGGUCGCCCCCCCGCUGGUGUCGGCCCUGAACACGGUCAUGUCCUCCAGCGCCCCCGCCCUGCCGCAGAGACACAGCUCCGGGUUCAUGCCGCAGUCGUUCCAGCAUGCACACGCGCAGUCCCAGCAGCAGAAGGGGGCGCUGCUGCAGCAGAAGGUGCAGCAGCUGCAGCAGCAUCAGCAGCAGCCAUCGCCACAGAACAAACCAGAGCCUUUCUCCACAGGCUGUCUGCAUGAUAGUCCGCCUCCUAUGAUGAUGCAUUCUCCUCAGAUGCCUCAGUUCAACACAAUGGGACAACAGUCACCUUCACAGACCAAAAAACAUGAGCCGAGGUCCAACCUGGUUGGGGUAAAGGAGGAGAAACCCUCCCUCUCUCCGGUUCUGCCUCCUUCUCCCUUCAGCCCAGCCGUUCGCCAGGAUUCACACAAACCUGAGAGCAAACCCAGGUCUGAUACAAAGUUAUUGGAGGAUUCUCGCCCCGUUCCCCGCCUCCCAGUCUCUCCAGCUAUGCCUUGUUCCCAGGACAGCAAAAUCAAGCAAGAACCCAAAACUCCAAUCGCACCCAAAAAGACACAGUUCAAGAACAUGGGCUCCUGGGCCAGCCUGGCACAGAGUCAGUCCACGCCGGCGUCUCAAGUGCGGUCCUCCAGUGGCAGUUUUGAGCAUUUCAAACGGGCUGCCAGAGAAAAGGAGCGGGAACGACAGCUGAAAGCACAGGCGGAGCAAGCCAGGCGAGAGCAGGAAAAACUACGUCGUGACGACGACGACACGGUGGAGCACGUGCGUCGAGCACAAGGAGAAACCCGCCGUAGUCAGGAGCAACAGUCACCGCUUGCACCUGCGCCUCAAGCUACAACUCCGCCCACACAUUCACCACAAGCCCCGCCUGCACCACAACAAGCCCCGCCCCCACCGACCUCAGCUGCGCAGAAUGCUCUGGACCAGCAGAGGGAGAUGGCUCGCCGGCGUGAACAGGAGAGGCGUAGACGGGAGGCGAUGGCUGACACCAUCGACAUAAACUUUCAGAGCGACCUGAUGGCAAUUUUUGAAGAAAAUCUCUUCUGAAAAAAAAGAGAUGCCGCCACCCUGUUGUGACACAUCAGCAACUGACCAUAAGAAUAGAAGAGUGCACCGGCGCACACGGUUGCUGCUCAGCAAAACGCACCCACAUCACACAGACUUCAUAGAGACUCUCCCUUUCUUUCAGUAGUCGAGACAGCUGGCUUGUGUCCUGUGAAUAGAAGGGGGUUGAAAGCGGUUCGGCAGAACGAGCGGCUCCACCAAGGAAGCCACCGGUGAUGACGCUUAAACAAAAGCUUCGGUUAAUUUAAAAAAAAUAAUAAAAAGAAAAAAAAAAAAAAAGUUCAACGAAAACUUUUCCCUGGCGUGUGAUACUAAGAGGCUUUUUUUUUCUUUUUCUAAAUGAAACAGGUGGACAUAUGAAUAAUCUGCUCUUACGUGUUCCUCUCACUAAACCUCGUCUAUCAGUUAGUGUUUGGUUUCCCUGGGAUGCUCGGGCGGAGGGGUCAGGCCUCAGCCAUCUUCUGAGAGGUUAUUGUUUUUCUCAGGACACAGCGGGGAGAGAAACACCCGGACGCUCUAAGACGUCCUUCCUUUUCACUUCCUUGAACUUCUCCCUGCAGCUUGAACCGUGGGGGGGGCCUCGUUACGUUCAAGUCGAGGAGUCGCUUUCCAACCGUUUCAGAGUCUGUCCUUUGCCUUAGUGCUCUGGCCUGUAAACUAAUGACCCCGCCCUUCAAAUUAUACAUACUAUAUAUAAAUAGAUACAUGAAUAUAUAAAUAUAUAUUAUAUACAAUAAGGCUGCGAAAAAGAUAUUAAGAAAUUCUGAUUGUGGGGAGCAAAGCUCGUCUUUGUGUUCAUCUUUGGUUUGAUUUUGUAGAAUUUACUGUAAAGAAGAGGAAAAACUUUUUUAAUGAUUCUAUUGAGAGGAUUGUUUUGUCUGUGUUGUGCUUUCACACUUCCCCCUUUUUUUUUCCCUGUCCAUGCCAAAAACCAAUCGAUUCAGUGCUGAACGUUCCCUCACAUCUGUUUUUUUAACAUGUAAAGUGUUUUCUUCUCACUUUAUACAAGAGCCUGUUUUUAUUGCUAUUUAAUUCUCCUUUAUUCUCCUUUUAAAUCAGAAAUUAUGCAACAGUUUGUGAAAGUGAUGAAGCGGUUUCAAGGCAGUUAUGACUACUAGGUCCCAAUUUUUUUGUUUUGUUUUAGUGCAUCCAAUAAUUCACUUCUUACAUGUUUAUUUUUGUUUGUUUUCCGCCCGUCCUGUCCUCUGCCGUCAUCUCCACUGCAGUCUGUAUGAAAUGCUUCCUUUAGUUCUCCAUCCUCCAUGUUAACAGUUUGGGUCGCUUGUACACCAUUGUGUUCUUAUGGAAGUGAAAGCUCCGCCCCCUCCAGUUUCUGUUGGUUGGCCCAAAAAAACCAAGCGUGUUUUCAAUUCUAUAAUCACUUUUUUUUUUUUAUCUCUUCUUUUUACAAGUUCGUUUUGAACAUUUCUUCUCUUUACCUUUUACUGUUUUCUUUUGAUUUUAUUAUACUCAGAACAAUGUGUUUGUAUGUUGAUGAGUGAGGCAUUGAGGUCAGCAAGUUCAUCUUCAGAUAAUUGAGCAUCCUUUUUUAAGAAAAGUAUUAAAAUGAUUAAAAAAAGAUGGUUCUGA